UCAGGGCCCAGACGAGGAUCAACUAGCAGUUGAAGGAAAGACUAACAACACUCAGACAGACCAGGCAGCAAAGGUCAAAGGUGAAAUGGACCUGGACAAUGACUGGUCAGAGAGUGACAGUGAGACUGAGGAAAUUACAGCUGAUUUUGAGAUUGAUGAGGAAACAGACCAACCAGCAACGUGCGGAGGUAAGAAGACAGUCAGUGGAAUUACAAUGAGGAGUGCUGAUCUUGUUUGACAGCAUGUGAAAAUCAUCACUAAUAUUUUAUAAUUGUAGGAAACUCCCAUGAAAUCAUUAACACUUACCUUUUCACCCACAUUUUCACACACCAUUUUAUUCAAAUGUCAGAUUACUCCAUCUCUAUUGCAGAGGAGGUUAAGAUUCAGGACCCUGACAAGAAUCAACCAGCAAAGCUCAAAGAUUCCUCCAUCUUCUUGGCUGGUGCUGAGGUCAAACAGACCCAGUGCAAAGAUGUCUCCUUGGUUGCUGCAGCUGAGUCAAAGACUCUGAACCCUCAGGAGGAGCAGCCAGCAAAGUGUAAAGAUUUGUCUGUGUUUGCUGCAGCUGUAGGAAAGACUCAGGACUCAGCAAAGGUCAAAGGUGAAAUGGACCUGGAUAAUGACUGGUCAGAGAGUGACAGUGAGAUUGAGGAAAUUACAGCUGAUUUUGAGAUUGAUGAGGAAACAGACCAACCAGCAACGUGCGGAGAGGAGGUUAAGAUUCAGGACCCUGACAAGAAUCAACCAGCAAAGCUCAAAGAUUCCUCCAUCUUCUUGGCUGGUGCUGAGGUCAAACAGACCCAGUGCAAAGAUGUCUCCUUGGUUGCUGCAGCUGAGUCAAAGACUCUGAACCCUCAGGAGGAGCAGCCAGUAAAGUGUAAAGAUUUGUCUGUGUUUGCUGCAGCUGUAGGAAAGACUCAGGACCCAGCAAAGGUCAAAGGUGAAAUGGACCUGGAUAAUGACUGGUCAGAGAGUGACAGUGAGAUUGAGGAAAUUACAGCUGAUUUUGAGAUUGAUGAGGAAACAGACCAACCAGCAACGUGCGGAGAGGAGGUUAAGAUUCAGGACCCUGACAAGAAUCAACCAGCAAAGCUCAAAGAUUCCUCCAUCUUCUUGGCUGGUGCUGAGGUCAAACAGACCCAGUGCAAAGAUGUCUCCUUGGUUGCUGCAGCUGAGUCAAAGACUCUGAACCCUCAGGAGGAGCAGCCAGCAAAGUGUAAAGAUUUGUCUGUGUUUGCUGCAGCUGUAGGAAAGACUCAGGACUCAGCAAAGGUCAAAGGUGAAAUGGACCUGGAUAAUGACUGGUCAGAGAGUGACAGUGAGAUUGAGGAAAUUACAGCUGAUUUUGAGAUUGAUGAGGAAACAGACCAACCAGCAACGUGCGGAGAGGAGGUUAAGAUUCAGGACCCUGACAAGAAUCAACCAGCAAAGCUCAAAGAUUCCUCCAUCUUCUUGGCUGGUGCUGAGGUCAAACAGACCCAGUGCAAAGAUGUCUCCUUGGUUGCUGCAGCUGAGUCAAAGACUCUGAACCCUCAGGAGGAGCAGCCAGCAAAGUGUAAAGAUUUGUCUGUGUUUGCUGCAGCUGUAGGAAAGACUCAGGACUCAGCAAAGGUCAAAGGUGAAAUGGACCUGGAUAAUGACUGGUCAGAGAGUGACAGUGAGAUUGAGGAAAUUACAGCUGAUUUUGAGAUUGAUGAGGAAACAGACCAACCAGCAACGUGCGGAGAGGAGGUUAAGAUUCAGGACCCUGACAAGAAUCAACCAGCAAAGCUCAAAGAUUCCUCCAUCUUCUUGGCUGGUGCUGAGGUCAAACAGACCCAGUGCAAAGAUGUCUCCUUGGUUGCUGCAGCUGAGUCAAAGACUCUGAACCCUCAGGAGGAGCAGCCAGCGAAGUGUAAAGGUAAAGACCAAAGCCCGGUUUCCCGAUAG